AUGCGUCUUCAGCAGCUGGAAGAGGUGGCUCAGUGCGAGCUCGACCGCUUUAGAGGUUUUGCGGCGAAGAGCCAGCCAUGUGUGCUGCGCGGCGUUGCUGGCGACUGGCCCAUGGUUGCACGGGGGCGGUUUAAAGACAACACGCAGCUGCUUCGAGAACGACUGGGGGACCGGAGGUGCUUGGUGAGUUUUGAUCCCACGGCUUCCUUCUUCAACUAUGAGAUACCCAAGAGCUUUCAGACAAUGUCGAGGCAGAACCGCAAGCCACCAGGAGCUGAUGCCCCAAGGUUAGUGAACCCGGGACGGCUGGAGAUGCAGUUUGCGGACUUUCUGACUGCUGCAAGCCUCAAGCAGGGAGCUCCGUUCACGGAUGUGGUGGCUCCUGCUGUGAACAUGCCCUACGAUGCGGACGAUGUUGGCCAAGGCAGCGAGUUUGAGACGAUGCUCCACGUGCCCUUGAGUGAGAUUCAGCAGCUUUCGUUGUACUGCGUCGAUGAUGCUGCCGACUGGCCAGAAGAUCUGCUACAGGAGUUCGUGCCAGGCGACCUGGCUGCCAAGCUGUUGCCUGAGUGGCAGCCGCUUCUGCAGGUGUUGCCAUGUGCUGAGUGGCAAGACAGGUGUUCCUCCAGCCCCCUCUCCAAGCACCAGCUUUGCGUCUCGGAUGACAGCUGCCAUGAGCAUUGCCGAAGAUAUCUCUUACCGCCGUCCAACUGCUUCCUACCAGUCGGCCAGGUAUGGAACGCGAUUCUGCAAACAAGUUCAAUGGCAGAUGUCCACCUCAACAGAUGGAAGGACCCAGGGAUCUGA